AGAUGGCGGUGUCGUUGGUGUCCCGGAGCCUGGUGGGGGGGCUGCGGGCCGCCGCCGCCGCCGCCGCCCGGGGCGCCAGGGGUCUCUGCGCCACACCCGCACCGACGCAACACCAGGUCGCCGGGGAGCAGCAGCAGCAGCAGCAGCAGCAGCAGCGCGGGCCAGAGACCUCGGGUUAUGCCAAGAAGCUGGCCCUCUGGUUGGCGGGGGUCCUGGGCGCCGGCGGGACCGUUAGCAUCAUAUAUGUCUUCGGAAGCAAUUCGGUGGAUGAACGUGGCAUCAAGAUCCCCGAUGAAUUUGACAAUGACCCGAUCCUGGUUCAGCAGCUUCGGCGGACGUAUAAAUACUUCAAGGAUUACAGGCAGAUGAUCAUCGAGCCCACCAGCGCCCGCCUGCUCCCGGACCCCCUGCGAGAGCCCUACUACCAACCGCCCUACACGCUGGUGCUGGAGCUGACGGGCGUCCUGCUGCAUCCCGAGUGGUCGCUCGCCACCGGUUGGCGGUUCAAGAAGCGGCCGGGCCUGGACAGCCUCUUCCAGCAGCUGGCCCCGCUCUACGAGAUCGUCAUCUUCACCUCGGAGACGGGCAUGACAGCCUUCCCCCUCAUCGAUAGCGUCGACCCCCACGGCUUCAUCUCCUACCGGCUCUUCCGGGACGCCACCCGCUACGUGGACGGGCACCACGUCAAGGACAUCUCGUGCCUGAACCGGGACCCGGCCAAAGUGGUGGUGGUGGACUGCAAGAAGGAGGCCUUCCGGCUCCAGCCCUACAACGGCGUGGCCCUGAAGAAGUGGGAUGGAAACUCGGACGACAGGACGCUCUUUGACCUCUCUGCCUUCCUGAAGACCAUCGCCCUGAACGGCGUGGAAGACGUGCGGACGGUGCUGGAGAACUACGCCCUUGAGGAGGACCCUCUGGAGGCUUUCAAGCAGCGGCAGUCCCGCCUGGAGCAGGAGGAGCAGCAGCGCCUGGCCGACCUCUCCAAGACGAAGAACCAGCAGCUGUUCCUCGGCUCCCUCACUAGCCGCUUCUGGCCCCGCUCCAAGCAGCCCUGAACCGGGCCGGCCCCCGCUCUGGACUCCCGCAGCCCCCCGGCCCAGCCCCGGGGCAGGGGGCUCCCAGCCCCGGCCGGCCCCAGAGAACUGUUGAGCGGCAGCCUGGGCCACCGCGGUGCCCGGAGGGUGCCAGCCCAGGGACUCGGUGGGGGGGACCGGACCGGACCCCCCAACACACAAUAAAGUCAG